CGUUUUCUCGCUCGGUCACAUGAAAAGGUACGAAUCGAUGGACACUUACUGUAAGGUACGGUACAACACCGUAGAAAAGUUGCUGGAGCAAUCGACAGCACGACAAAACAAAGAAAUGCUGACCAUAGCGGGAGCAACGUUGCCCCCCAGGUGACCUAGCGCUCGCUACACGCACGACUACUCUGCUGUACCCUCCAUCUCGUACGAUAUCAUAGCGAUAAUGUUCAUUCUCGGGCGAUUUAGAAAGCAUUUUCGAGUUUUGGGAUCUAUUUUCUCUCCAACAACUCCAUCUCACAAAACCAAAUUCGCAGCAAUCCAAAACGAAUAGCAAAAGAAACCAAAAACAAACAAGAUGAACUUCUCUCUCGCCGCCGCCACCCUUCUCGCUACUGCCUCCACCGCUUCUGCUUUCGGAACCAAGCAACUCGCACCCACCUUUGUCCCCGAUGCCAACGCCUUCGCCUAUGGACUCCCUGGUGCCAUCGAACCCGUCGGAAACUUCGACCCCUUGGGUUUCGCCGAAGGAAAGGAUUUCGAAACCAUUAAGCAGUACCGUGAGGCCGAGCUUCAACACGGACGUGUUGCCAUGCUCGGAGCCCUCGGUAUGCUCAUCACCGAGGAACCCAUCGAGUUCCACCCUCUCUUUGAGGCCGACAACAAGGACAUCGGGCCUGCCAUCCGUCACCUCGACGAGGUCCGCGCUGUCUCGCCUGGAUUCUUCGAGAUUCUCGGAAUCAUCAUUGGUGCCCUCGAAUUGAACCGUGCCCUCACAGGAUGGACCGCUCCCGGUGAUGUUUUCGGAUCCGGCCGUGUCUUCAAGGAAGAUUACUUCACGGGUGACGUCGGUUUCGACCCUCUCGGACUCUCCCCAGAGGACCCCGACGAGUGGUACGCUCUCCACACCAAGGAAUUGCAAAACGGACGUCUUGCCAUGCUCGGAUGGGCCGGUAUGGUUGCCCAGGAACUCGUCAACGGAAAGGAAAUCUUCGUCAACGCCGGACUCGCGGAGGACCGAUUCGACCCUUCCAAGUUGCCUAUCCAAUUCUAAAUAGGUCAGGCUUACAGAGAAGAAAGAUCAUACUAUCAAAACGUCAUCACAAACGUAUUCAUCGUGGAAUUCAUUUGAAUGACGGCUAUUGGAGCAAUGAAAGCCUUGUACAAAUCCAAGUCUCACACGCUGCCCAAUGACGCCGUGAUCCACAAACAAGUCUACCUCAAAGUCCACACCAGCAAUCAACAGCGUAAUCAGGAGAGGGAGACAAUAUCGAACGAAUGCUUUAAUCACAAUAAACCUAUAGAUACACU